AUGGAUGAACUAAUAACAAAAACAAAACCAAAUUGGGCUACACCAAACGGCAACAGCCUUUGGCCACAAAUUAGUGCAAAAGUAACCUUGGGACAUUCUCAAUUAAUCCGUUUAAUUCAACCAAUUAGUCGUGUGACCAAAAAAGAAGGGAAGAUGAACACGAAAAGUCGAACGUACCCAACAUUAUUACAGCCAUUAUCAGUCACAAAUACUAGCAAAAACCAACAGGACCCACAUGAGUUUCCACGUCUAGAACAAACAUACCAUUCGUUAAUCGAAUCACCUGAAAUUACACAAACAAUAAUCAACUCAAUCAAAUCAAUAACCCACCCCACAAAUGACUCACCAUAUAAAGCUAUCACGAAAAUAGGCGUAGGUCAAUUUUCAAAAGUUUAUAAGAUGUCAAACGUAAAGACGAAUCAAAUAUUUGCCAUGAAAUUAAUUUCGAAAAAACCACAAAAUUCUUCACAAUAUUCUAUGAAUCAAAUUAUGAAAUGGAUACAAAGAAAUAAACAAUAUUAUACUCACGACGGCGAUGACGACGGAGCGGCAUUGACUACGGAUGAGAUCAUAAUGUUAAUGAAUAUUCAAAAAUGUAGAUGGGAAAUAUUCGUCUGGGUAUACUUAUCAAGAAAUAAUAAUAGGUAUAAUAAUAUUGUUAGGUUGAUUCAAUGUUUUGAUGAUGUUUACAGUUCCGAUAUUUGUAUCAUUAAUGAAUUUUGUAAUCUUGGUGAAUUACUAUGGAAAAGAGAUUAUACUUCAUCGACGAUGACUACAGAAGUUAACAAACAAUGGUUACAAUUAAUUGGUCAAGAUGAUAACGAAGAUGCGGCAGCAAAAACAAGACGAUUCGCUUUGAAAGUCUUGUGGGAUAUGGCGCAUGCAUUAAAGUUUUUGUUUGAUAUGGGAUGCAUUCACAGAGAUAUUAAACCUCAAAAUAUAUUAUGCGAUAGCGUCAAUCGUUGUUGUAAAAUUUCUGAUUUUGGUUGUAGUGUUAUUAUACCUGACAAAUUACCUUUCCAAGACAGUUAUCAAGAAAAAAACCCCUCUUUAUUAAUGAAAUGUUUCCAAAUGGAAUUAAAUAAAAUUGUUGGAACACCAGCAUUCAUUCCACCAGAACUUUGUCAUUUCGGGAAAGAUCCUACUGACGAGGAUAUUAUCGGGAAUGAUAUUCAAAUGUCGGUUGAUAGUGGAUUUAAAUUGGAUACGUGGUCCUUAGGUGUGACAAUCUAUUGCUUAUUAUAUAAUGAUUUACCAUUCUGUGGAGAUAAUGAAUUUGACGCCUACCACAAAAUUGUUACUCAAUCGUUAUCAAGUAAAUUAAAUGGAGAACUACUAAACGAUCUGAUAAUAAUGCAUCUCUUGGAGAAGGACCCAAAGAAAAGAAUUCAUAUCAAUACUUUGCUUACUGUUCUUAAGCAAGAUCAAGAUGGUACAAUUAUAAUCGAUAUGGAUGCAAUGUCUAAAGUUCCAGAGGCAUUUACUAAUAGUGUCACGAUGAAGGAACACGAAUUUAUAUCUGAAAAGGGAACAAAGGAGAAGAACUUGGAUAAAAAGAAGAAGGAAAAUAAGUCGGUUCAGAAAUUUUUCCAAAAACUGUUUAAAUCUUCAAAAAACUCAAAAAAUUCAAAGAAUUCUACACACAAGAAAGAUUCUGUCAUGGAAGAGACAAAAUUGCAAAAACAAACAGACGGCAUUCCUAUCCAAAAGGAAGAAUUCAACCAACAGCUCCCGAUAUCUCCUAUUGGAUCUGUCACUUCUUCUCUGGAAUCAUCAUUCGACGAGCCCGUCCAAUUAUUGGACUUUAGAGACGCGAAAACUGCCUUCUCUUAUGACGAUUGUGUCUACAAAUUGGCAAAUGAAGAACAUAAUCAUGACGGUAUUGUUACGCCUCAUAACACGACAAAGGAUGACUCUUCUCUCACCAAAAGAAAAUCUACUGGGACAACAUCUUCGUUAUCUUUAUCCCCCAUUAAGAUAGCUACACCAAUUAAAAACCUUAUUAGAAUAAAGACUACCCCUCAACGUACUCAAUUAUUGGAUGCUUCUCACCGGCCAAGCCUUUCUAAUUCUCCUUUAAAGAAUAAACAACCCAGCAAUCAAAUUGUACAUAUCGUUGAUACUCAAUCCUCUUCCUUUGAAAAAGGGUUAACAUCUUCAAGGAACAUUUUGAACUUCCAAAAAUAUUUCCAAAACUCCAGUUCUCGGGCUAAUAAUGAUUCUCAAGAAACUGUUCAGGAGAUUAGAGAAUAUCUCGAUUAUGCUGAUCAAUAA